AUGAAAGCUAGGCAGCAGUCGUUCGCGGACGAAAUGAAGGAACUGGAUGAAGCUAUGUCGGAGACGAAGAACACCGAAAAGAAGAGAGCAACAAAGGACAUCGAUGCCGGCGAAGGUACUUCAGGAGUAAAGCCAAAACUGCGCCAUUCGAAGAUCGGAAAAUUGACGGAGCAGAAUUUGAAGAAGUUGAGAGCUGCUCAAUACGAAAAUUCGGAUGAAGACGAUGAAGAUGAGACAGCUGAUGAAAUGGAGGAUGAUCAAACCGAAUCCGGCGAAGAAUCCGAUGGUGUUUCGGAGAAAAGUGUAGCUACGAAGAACAGCAAGUCAACGAAAAAGUCCGGUAGAUUGAGCCAACACGGGCUGGGGCAGGCACGAUCCGGGCCGACCAGAAUUCAACUGGCAGCGAGAAGUGGCGUAAGUAAAAGACUACCCACAUUCUCUGGAAAGCCGGAAGAAUUGCCGUUGUUCUACGGAAUGUACCAAGCAUCGAAUGAAGCCUGCGGUUACUCGGACAUUGAAAACCUGGUGCGGCUGCAAGAAUGCCUGAAGGGUCCGGCUCUGGAGAUGGUGCGUGGACAACUUCUUCUGCCGAAAUCGGUUCCGAAGGUUAUUGGAAAACUUCGCCAGUUAUACGGCCGCCCGGAACAGCUACUGCAGAGCCAUUUGGAGAAGGUCCAUAAGCUGGAACCACCGAAAGUGGGUAAGCUGGCCAGUUUCAUUCCGUUCGGCACGGCAGUCGAGCAGCUGUGUGAACACUUGGAGGCGGCGGAACUCAAACAGCACCUGAUAAAUCCGCUUCUAAUUCAAGAUCUGGUUGAAAAGCUCCCAGAUAACGACAAGCGCGAGUGGGUGCGCUUCAAGCGCGGGAAAAAGAAAGUAACCCUAAGGACCUUCACCGAUUUCCUCUCCGAAAUAGUCUCGGAGGCCUGCGAAGCGAACGUCAGCAUGGACUACAAGUCAACCGGAAGGUUUAGCAGCGACAACCGUUCGGGGAAUGCCCAAAGCAAAGCGAAGGAGAAGGGUGCGGUGUUCAACCACAGCGAAGCUGAUAAUCGUCAAUCCGGCGUUGGAGAACGAAGGAAUCUAAAGCCGUGCAGGGCGUGUCAGCGUACAGACCAUCGGUUGCGGUACUGCCAAGAUUUCAAGAACCUGUCGUACGCGGACCGGAUGAAGGUUGUGGAUCGCUGGAAGCUGUGCCACGUGUGUCUGAACGAACACGGUUCGGCGCAGUGUAAGUUCAAGCUGCGAUGCAACGUUGGAGGAUGCAGACAAGCUCACAAUUAUCUUCUGCAUCCGAUCGAUGGUGCAAUUGUCUCCACUGCGGAGAAAUAUCCAUCACUGUGUUGGGCUUUCCUGGAUGAAGGUGCAUCGGUGACUCUGGUGGAAAGGAACUUGGCGGAUCGCUUGGGAGCAGUCGGAGUCCACGAGAAACUCACCAUAAAGUGGACGGCCGACAUUGCUAGAGUGGAGAAGGAGUCAAAGCGGAUGAAUUUGUGGGUCUCGGCUGUUGAUGCGGAUGAAAAACUUCUUCUGAAGACGGUCCGCACUGUCGAAAAGCUGAUGUUGCCUACACAAGCUUUGGACGCAAAGGGGCUUUUGCGGCAGUAUAAGCAUAUGCGAGGAUUGCCCAUCUCCUCGUAUGACGGACGGCCGGAAAUACUCAUCGGGUUGAACAACAUCCACUCGUUCGCCCCGAUUGAAGCAAAGCUCGGUGCAGUUAUUGAUCCGAUAGCCGUGCGGUGCAAGCUCGGAUGGACGGUCUAUGGACCGAAGCAAGCGAACGCUGUCGAAGCGAGCAGCGAAUAUCUUGGAAUCCACCAGGAAGUGACAAACGAAGACCUUCAUAAGCUGCUGAAGGCACACUACGCACUGGAAGAAUCGGUCGUUGGCGUACCGCGGGAGUCUGCUGAGGACGAGAGAGCUCGCGAGAUCCUCGAGAAGACCACGAGACGAAUCGGUGACCGCUUCGAGACCGGGCUACUGUGGAAGACGGACGAUCCAAGGUUCCCGGAUAGCUACCCGAUGGCGUUGCGAAGGCUGAAGCAGUUGGAGAAGAAGCUAGAGAAGAAUCCGGAACUUCACGUGAACGUUUGUAAGCAGAUCGAUGAGUAUCAGGAGAAGGGGUAUGCGCACCUUGCUACUCCGGAGGAGCUCGUUGGAACGGAACCCGAUAAGGUAUGGUACCUUCCACUAAACGUGGUACUGAACCCCAAAAAACCAGGUAAGGUGCGCCUCGUGUGGGAUGCUGCGGCAACGGUGCAAGGUAUCUCCCUGAAUUCACAGCUGUUAAAAGGGCCUGACAUGCUUGUGCCGCUAGUGACUGUGGUUGUUGGGUUUUGGGAAUACAGAAUUGCUGUAGGUGGCGAUCUGCGUGAAAUGUAUCACCAGAUGAAGAUCAUCGCUCGGGAUCGGCAAGUACAACGUUUCCUCUUCCGGAAAGAUUCCAAGGGACCUCCACGCGUGUUCGUCAUGGACGUUACCACGUUUGGAUCGACGAGCUCUCCCUGUUCGGCCCAAUAUGUGAAGAACCUCAACGCUCAAGAGUACACUGGGCAAUAUCCGGAGGCAGCAGCGGCGGUUAUCAACCGUCAUUACGUCGACGACUACUUUGAUAGCGUCGACACCGUAGACGAGGCGAUCGAGCGAACGGAGCAAGUCAGGUUCAUUCACCAGAAGGGAGGCUUCGAGAUUAGGAACUGGGUUUCGAAUUCGCCGGAAGUUCUCCAGAGCCUCGGUGAGCAGAAACCGGUUUCAGCCGUCCACAUCACCGAAGACAAAGUAACGUCACACGAACGCGUGCUAGGUAUGAUCUGGGAUCCGGAUCGUGAUGAAUUAUCUUUCUCCACCCAACAUCGCCAAGAGCAUCUUCCGUACCUAUGCGGAGACAAACGGCCAACGAAACGUGCGGUGUUAAGCUUCGUCAUGGGCUUCUUCGAUCCGCUUGGUUUACUUUCUCCGUUCACGAUCCACGGAAAGAUCAUCGUGCAGCACUUAUGGCGUAGUGGCUGCGAUUGGGACGACGCGAUUAGCGACGAUUGCUGGGAAAUGUGGAAGCGCUGGAUUGCUGUACUGCCGGAAGUCGAGAACAUUAGGAUUCCACGUUGCUAUCUUGGAGAUUCCUUGUCGUCUGCGGUUGAGUCAAUUGAAAUUCACAUCUUCACGGAUGCCAGCGAACACGCAUACGGCUGUGUUGCGUUUCUGCGAGUAGUCAUCGACGGAGCUGUGCGGUGUAUUCUAGCUAUGUCUCGAUCGAAAGUGGCACCGUUGAAGCGCCAGUCAAUCCCGCGACUGGAGUUGAUGGUGGCUGUACUUGGAGCGCGGAUGAGUCAAACGAUUAUCGCUACGCAUUCACUGAAAAUCGAUCGAUGCAUACUGUGGACAGAUUCACGAACGGUUUGGAGUUGGAUCCAGUCUGACCAACAUAAAUACAAACAGUUUGUUGCGUUCAGGAUCGGAGAAAUACUGGAGUUGACACGAGCGACGGAUUGGCGAUGGGUUCCAACGAAGCAGAAUAUGGCGGACGUCCUGACGAAAUGGCAUCGAGGUAACGAUCUGGAAAGCGAUGGGGUAUGGUUCACGGGUGCACCGUUCCUGCACCAGCCCAAAGACCAGUGGCCGACUAUGGAGGUGACGAUCGAAGAGACGUACGAGGAAGCCAGGGGCCACGUGACAUUCCAUGGCGUGGUUGAAGUAGACCGAUGCUCGAGAUGGACAACGCUGCAAAGGGUGAUGGCGUGUGCGGUCAGGUUCAUCGACAAUUGCAAACGCAAGGUAGCAGGGCUGCCGAUAGUCACCUUGAAGGCAACAGAUAACCAGCAACAUCAAAUCCUGGUACCGAUGCAAUCGAUGCAACGUCCGCUCGAGAGAGAUGAGUUUCGAACUGCGCAGAUCAUCCUGUGGAAGCAAGCACAGUUCGAAGGAUUCCCAGAUGAGAUGAGCAUCCUCACCAAGAAUCUGGAACAACAACCAGAUGUAGUAAUGGAAACGGUGAAGAAGAGCAGUUGCCUGUACAAAUUGACUCCGAUUCUGGACAAAGAAGGUGUGCUGCGGUUGGGUGGUAGAAUGGAUAUGUCCGUCGACAUGCCUUUCGACAAAAGGUGUCCAAUAAUUCUGCCAAGAAAGCACGCGACGACGGAGAAGCUGAUCCAGUUCUACCACGAGAAGUAUGGACACGCCAAUCGAGAGACGGUGAUGAACGAGUUUCGCCAAAGGUUCUGGAUUCCGAACACCCGAGCUGCAAUCCGUCAAGUGAUGAGCAAUUGCGUGUGGUGUAAAGUCCAUCGCUGUCAGCCGCAUGUUCCUAUGAUGGCACCGCUUCCGAUACAGCGAGUCACACCCUAUCUGCGACCGUUCAACUCGGUGGGUAUCGACUAUCUAGGUCCGAUAGAAGUGACUUUGGGACGAAGAAAGGAGAAACGAUGGGUCGCGGUGUUCACUUGUUUGGCUGUACGAGCGGUACACCUAGAAGUGGUUCAGCUGUAA